GAUAACAGUUGACGAGUCCCAAUGACAAGAUUACCCUAGCAACUUUACUAAGCCUUUCUGUUCAUUUAUGAUUAUAUCAUAGGUAAAAUCAAGUGAAUUUGGUUCAAUCAAUGAUACAUUUUUGCGACAAUUUAUAGCGAUAUCUUUCUUCUCUGUCUCUUUUGUUAGUGGCCCUGAUUUGGCAGAAACUCAAAAUGGUUUACCCAUCUUCCCUCUCACUCUCUCUCCCUCUUUCCUUUCUCAAACGCCAUAGCACGUUCAGGAUUGGAUUAAGCAGAAAUGUCUUCAUAUCUAGAGCUUCACUUGCUCAGAGCUUUUUAAACAGGGAACUGUCGACACAAACUGGAAGCAAGCUAGAGGGCAAAGUAGCAUUAAUCACCGGGGCAGCAAGCGGUAUUGGCAAGGCAACUGCAGCAAAAUUCAUUAGUAAUGGUGCCAAAGUUGUCAUUGCUGAUAUUCAACACCAACUUGGGCAAGAAAUAGUGAAAGAACUUGGACCCAAUGCCACUUUUAUUCCCUGUGAUGUAACAAAAGAAUCAGAUAUCUCUGAUGCUGUUGAUUUUACCCUCUCCAAACAUAAACAACUGGAUGUUAUGUACAAUAAUGCUGGGGUACCUUGCCAUACUCCUCCUAGCAUUGUUGACCUUGACCUUGCUGCUUUUGAUAGAGUCAUAGCCAUAAAUGUGAGAGGAGUCUUGGCUGGGAUCAAACACGCCUCACGUGUGAUGAUCCCCUGUAGAACUGGCUCCAUUCUGUGCACAGCUAGUGUCGCAGGAAUGAUGGGUGGACUAGCUCAACAUACUUACAGCGCGUCCAAGGCUGCUGUUAUUGGAAUUGUUAAGUCCAUGGCGACAGAGCUAUGCCAGCAUGGAAUCCGCAUCAACUGCAUAUCACCUUUUGCAGUCCCAACUCCUUUUACAAUAAACGAGAUGAGCCAGUAUUAUCCACACGUUGAUGCUGAGCAGCUUGUGAAAAUGAUACAUAACUUUGGUGAGUUAGGGAAAGCAACAUUGGAACCGGAUGAUGUAGCUGAUGCUGCACUCUAUCUUGCAUCGGAUGAUGCAAAAUACGUUAGUGGGCAUAAUUUGGUGGUAGAUGGAGGUUUUACAUCAUUUAAGAGAUUGCAAUUUCCUGAACCAGAUAAGGUGCAGUAAUUUUAUAAAUGCUGCCCAAAGGAUACAUUUUGAAUAAUGUGUUGUUUGUUUACUUUGAAUUAUGAGUUAAUUGUGCGAGCCUAAUUACAGUAGUUGAUUGUUUGUAAAAACGUAAAUUGACAUUUGCGGUAAGAUGGAUGUGGAGUUGGAAAGAGUGGUAAUCCCUUUAAUUAUACUUAUAUUUAAAAUGCCGUCAGUUUAUAUUUUAAAGGUAUUUUGGUAUGUAAUAAUAAAUAAUAAUGUUAAGUAUGUUGGAUUUUUUGCUCAUGUAACUUGGUCGCCCAAAUUAUGUUUAUAUUUACAGGCCA